UUUAUUGAUAGAAAAAAAUGUCUCUACCAUUACAUCUUUUUUUUUUUCUCCGCCCAGAAAUUUUUUAUUCUUUCGAAUACCAGUAAUUCGACGACUCCCAUUUCAAAUCCAAAUUAUUUUGUAUGUAGUGGUCCGACUACUCUUUAUUUAUUUAUUUUUGAAAAUGGCUAGUUUUGCCUGUAUGCUAUUAAUGGAUGAGCUAUCCAAGGCGGUAGCCCAGUUCAAUCCCGCGUUUAGAGGUGAGUCCGCGUUGGGAGGAAUGAAUGGUGGGUUCAAUCCACCACCAACGCCUAACAAUUCGACUCUUUUUUUGACUGCUGAUUCGCACGAAGCUGGUCCCUCUGCCUCUGAGGAAAGGAGGGAGGAGCUAGAGCUCCGUAACUCCAAAGAAUGGAGAGAAAGCGAAGAGCACAUACAGAAGGUGGAAUCCAAGAAAAAGUUAAUGGCCCAACGAGCGAAGGAAAUCGCUCGGGAAAGAGGUUACAAUCCACUACGCUGCGAGGCUGUAGAAGAUGCAGCAAGAGACGUAGCGGAGAGAGUUGAGGAUAUCCCGGAGAAGCAGCAACUGGGUUUCCUAGCCAACUUAAUCCGUAAUCUUAACGAUCCUAGCACCGAUACUUGGGGGGACAUCCAUGAAGAAGUAAGAAAGUGGCGCUCCUGGGAAGAAUGAGUGAAAAAGUGUCCCAAAAGAAUAGAAGGCCCUCGUCUAGGAUCUUCCAAAUUCAAACCCUGUGACGACUUCGGUUCUUAUUUCUUACUCCCAUGUUUUCCGUUGGUCAACAACCAACAAAAGUUCUACCUAUAAUUCUUAACUACUCGUACAGGAAAGACUCUCUUUCUAUCUGGAGAAGAGGUUGAUUUCUCAAUCAAAAUAUGUUUCCACU